UAAAAAUAAGGUUUAAAUUAUAAAAAUAGUGUUUAGUUUAAAAAACUAUAUAAAAUAACAUUUCCAAACUUUAAAUAUAUAUAUUUUAUAGAUUUUUUUUAUAUUUAAACUUUAUAUUCCCCAAGAAACUACUUAUAAUUUGAAUAUUUUUAGAAAAAAAGGUCACUUGUUUUCAUUAUUUGACUUUAAAUUAAAGUUUAAAUUAUAAAAAGAGGCUUUAGUUUAAAAAACAUAUAAAUUAACAUUUCAAAACUUUAACUAGAUAUAUAUUUUAAAGCAAUUUUAAAUAUUUAAACUCUAUUUUCCCCAUGAAACUACAUAUAAUUUAAAUAUUUUUGGAAGAUUUUGCAACAUUUUGAAUCUUUAUUUUUAAUAAAUUUUUUUUAAUAAUUAAAAAAUGUACAUACACUGCUCUCAGUUACUUAAACUAUUUUGCAAUUAAAUUGCCAUGAAAUAUAAGUUUAAUUUAUAAUUUAAGCAUUAAAUUGUUAAUUACAAGCGAAGCAUUAAAAAUUAAACAAAAUAUGAAGCAAAAAAAAAAGAGGAAAAAUAAAAUGCUGAGAGAACAUGGUUGGGGAGUCGUCCUGUGCGUAGUAGUCCUGGUGGCCACCGUACUGCAGCUGUGUCGGGGCAACUACUAUCGGGACAGGCGGAAGCACUGCCUGGACAUGCACGCGGACGGCCAGACGAACUGCUCCAAGUGCGCCGAGCUCUACAUCUUCAUCAAGAACCCCGCCAUCCGCCGAUGCGAGCACGUCAACGGACGCUGCUUCCCCUACCGGACGGUCUUUCCCAGCGCCAAGUCCUGCGAGCAGACCUGCCAGCCGUACAUAGUGCGGGCCACCGUCCACCUGGUCACCACCCCCAGGCCAAUCGAGGCACUGCGCUUGGACUACAACGACGAGUCCUCCGGCGAAGGGGAAGUUAAACAAUAAAGUGACAGAGCUGUGUGGCUUUUUAUUCGAUUGGAA